AUGUCCUCAGCUAUGCUGACAUGCAUAUCCACGCUUCCCACUCUCGUUGAAAUUACCCUUUUACUGUCUCUCGAAUGCCUUCGUUCCUCGAAUUUCCUCGAAUUCUCGAAAAUAAUCCUAAACUCUCGUUCAACGACAACUCGUAUUCUUACAACUCCGUUCCUUCGUCUCCGUUACCAUUUGUUAUCCUGUCCCUCCAAUGGGCUAAUGAUCAUACCCAUACGCUCUCCGAAGCCGUACCCCUCUGACCCCUAG